GUCACUUUAUAUUUCUGAGCAAAGUUCUUUUUUUAUUUUUCUCUCUUCCUUUCAUAUUGUGAGAAUGUCAAAAACCAAUAUGAAAGUUUGCAAUAAUUAUUUCUUGGUCGAUCCGACCAAAGCAAGUUAUCUUGAUCUCCUUCUUCUUUUGUUUUCCUCAAACUUGACCAGCGCAAGAUUCAUCGACUCUCCUCCGGAUACGCUCAAAGGCUUCCGGAGAAGUUUCACGAGUCGAUGGAUCAUUGCGUUGGCCAUUUUGGUUCAGAAGUUAUUGAUGCUGUUAAGAAAACCCAUGGCAAUGCUUGGUGGUUUCUUAACCUAUUUGCUCAAUCUUAUUACCGCGAAUGGAGGCUUCUUCAACACGAUAUUUAACCUUAUCACAGGAAAGCUGGUGAAACCUGACAAAUCCGCGGCGGCAUAUACAUCAUUUGUAGGAUGUACAGAUCGAAGAGUUGAGCUUGACGAGAAGAUAAAUGUUGGUACCAUCGAAUACAAGUCGAUGCUAUCAAUAAUGGCUUCUAAGAUCGCUUACGAGAGCAAACCUUUCAUCACUUCCGUCGUCAAGAACACUUGGAAGAUGGACUUGGUUGGUAACUACGACUUUUACAACGCUUUCCAAGAAAGUAAAUUGACGCAAGCCUUCGUGUUUAAGACGUCAAGCACCAAUCCAAACCUCAUCGUCAUCAGCUUCAGAGGAACUGAACCUUUCGAGGCUGCUGAUUGGUGCACUGAUCUUGACGUCUCUUGGUACGAGUUGAAGAACGUUGGCAAAGUCCACGCCGGGUUCUCAAGAGCACUAGGCCUUCAAAAAGAUGGAGGAUGGCCCAAGGAAAACAUAAGUCUUAUUCACCAAUAUGCUUACUACACCAUCAGACAGAUGCUUAGGGACAAGCUUGGUCGAGACAAGAACCUUAAGUUUAUUCUAACAGGUCACAGUCUUGGAGGAGCAUUAGCUGCUCUUUUCCCCGCGAUUCUUGCGAUUCACGGUGAGGAUGAGCUGCUAGAUAAGCUAGAGGGAGUGUACACUUAUGGACAGCCACGUAUAGGUGAUGAGGAGUUUGGAGAGUUUAUGAAGGAUGUUAUGACAAAACAUGGAAUAGAGUAUGAGAGAUUUGUGUAUAACAAUGAUGUUGUGCCUAGAGUCCCUUUUGAUGACAAGAUUCUAUUCGCAUACAAGCACUAUGGACCUUGCAACUCCUUCAACAGUCUUUACAAAGGAAAGGUAAGAGAAGAUGCACCAAACCCAAACUACUUCAACUUGUUGUGGUUAAUACCGAAGCUGCUAACUGGUUUUUGGGAGUUUAUAAGAAGUUUCAUACUACAGUUUUGGAAAGGCAAAGACUACAAAGAGAAUUGGAUGAUGAGAUCUGUUAGGAUUUUGGGAAUAGUGUUCCCUGGUGGCUCUAACCAUUUCCCAUUUGACUAUGUCAACUCCACACGUUUAGGAGGCUUGGUUCGAUCUCCUCCUCCUACUACUACUUACAGUACUCCUGAUGAGAAACUUGCACUCAUUGCUUGAAUAUUGCAAUGUUGAAUAAUCCUAUCCACUUUAUCUUCUCUUUCAAUAAUUGUGUACUAGAGCUUUCAAUAUAUUCUCUGUUAUAUGUCGCCUUGUGAUAUUUCAUAUAUGUGUGAGUGUUUUUUAAACAAUGUGUACGUUGGUAACACUAGUACAUUUUCAUCUUCUAAAUUAGCAUAAUUAAGAUCAAACCAUAUAUAAAUUAUUAUUCCUCA